CCUACAUCUAACACCCUGCGAGCUACAAUCUACAACUGACACCCUCCAAAUCUAACAACCACCAACCCAAUCACUGCAUCAACACCCCCAAAAUGACCUCCAAAGCCCUCUUCAUCGCCCCCGCCCCCGGCAGACCGGGCCAAGUAUACUACCCCCUCACAGCCCAAACCCUGCCCGUGCCCACACCCUCCGCCCACGAACUUCUCAUAAAAACCACCGCGGUGGCACUCAAUCACCGCGACGUCUUCCUGCGCCAACACCUCUACCCCGGUGUAACCUUCGACGUGCCGCUCGGCGCCGACGGCACGGGCACCGUGAUCGCCGCUGGCGCACUCGCCCAGCAACACUGGAUCGGGAAGCGGGUGCUCCUGAACCCGGGGACGGGGUGGGCGGAAUCACCCGACGGACCGGAGGACGCAGCGGGGUAUCGCAUCCUGGGCGGCACGAAGGGGUAUCGCAAUGGGACGAUGCAGGAGUAUAUGACCAUCGGGGAGGGGGAGGUGGAGGAGGUUCCCGGGCAUUUGGGGGAUGCGGAGGCUGGGGCAUUGCCGUUGACGGGGUUGACGGCAUGGAGGGCACUGGUUGUGAAGGGCGGGGAGAGGAAUUCGGGAGUUGGGGCGAGUGUGCUGGUUACGGGGAUUGGGGGCGGCGUGGCGCUAAUGGUGUUGAGGUUUGCGGUCGCCAGGGGGGCGGAUGUGUAUGUGACCAGUUCGAGCGAGGAGAAGAUUCGGAGGGCAGUGGAGUUGGGGGCCAAGGGGGGUGUGAGUUAUAAGGAGGAAGGGUGGGAGAAGAAGCUGUUGGGGCUGUUGCCCCAGGGGAAGACGACGGCGUUUGAUGCCGUUAUUGAUGGCGCCGGGGGGGAUUCGGUGGAUAAGGCUGUUAGGUUGUUAAAACCCGGGGGGGUGCUGUCAGUCUAUGGCAUGACGGUUGCGCCGCAGAUGCCCUUCUCCAUGAAGGCCGUGCUGAAGAACAUCGAGGUCAAGGGCUCCACGAUGGGCUCGCGCAAGGAGUUCAAGGAGAUGGUCGAGUUUGUCGGACAGCACAAGAUCCGGCCGGUCAUCUCGCGCGUGUUGCAGGCGGAGCUGGAUGACCUCCCGGCCAUCGAUGGGCUGUUCCAGGAGAUGAAGGACGGCAAGCAGUUUGGGAAGCUGGUUCUCGAGCUCGGAAAGUCAACCGGAAGUAAGCUGUGAGUGUGAGCUGAACAGUUAGCUGGUGGUCUGGGAGGGGAGGAUGUGUCAACUAAUGGACGAAGCACUUGCCCGUGCCAAUGUAAUGGUUGCUCUUUCCCCGGAUGCCUGGUGUUGAUGUUGAUGUUGCUUUAUUUCUUCACGUCCGCACAGCGCGUCUUUUGAUCCACGCCGCCGCUCCUUAGCCAUCACGGUUAUCGUUUUAUAGCAGGAUAGUUGAGCCGCUCCUUGUUGUUUAGAUAGCACGUCGUGCCUCGAUCUCCGCCAUGGAUGUCAACCUCGUCCAGAUGUAUGGACCCGGUCUGUCCUUCUAUCGGACCCAAUUAAAGGCGCCCCAGCAGAGCACGGUUCCCAGCGCGUCCGAAUUGUCCCAGUCGGUGUGUCGACUCAGAGUCAGAUAGAUGCUAACAGCUGGUGAAUGGGCUUACUGAUACUCUC